AUGCAUUCUACAAACCUCUUCGCGGCCGUGCUCGUGGGAAUUCUGUACAUCCAGACCGCGGUAUCCCACCAUAUCAAUUGCACCUCAGCGCAGCGCAUUUCCAUCGCCAAGCAGAUACCAGCGGCGUACAAUCUUCCAACGCCCGCGGAAAGCGCAGCAGCUUUCGAAAAGGUCCCCUUCGCAGCAAACUCUUCCGUUGUGAUAGUCACCCCAGAGCUCCCUGCAACAACGGUAGCCACGAAUCGGACAGCAACCCUUGCGUUCGCAGAUGCAACGCGUCUAGCGUUCGAGCACGUCAGUGGCACGUACAAGGAUUUUGCCAAUGGCACGACUGUUAUCUUUGCCGACGUGGUGAGUACAAUUGUCAAGUUUGUGCCUGUAGCAUCCGACAAGUAA